AUGUUCAGAGAGCAGCUGUUCGAUUUGAUUACCACGGACAACCAAAGGGAGGACUCCAAACUCACUGCCACCAAGAAGAUGGACUAUAAGACCACAAACACCGACAUGCCCUCCGAAAAUCAACUCUCCAAGGUUUCCACCACCUCCAAGUCCCAGAGCUGGGUCCCGAGCGCCACCAGCAACGAGGAAGAAAACGCCUACCUCGACCGUGGCGACGCCUGCAGUGAUUGCGCAGAGGUCUGCAUCUGCUUGUCCUGCGUCCCGUUCCUGCCCAGCGGCACCCUUCUCAUGUGCGCCGCCGGCAUAAAUUGGCUGGUCGACGCAUACUGGUCGCGCAAGGACAACACAACCACCACCGCUGCCAAGCCAGAUGGCAACAACGAUAACAACGCGAUCGUCACGACUCCCACCAGCAGCAGUUUGAAGAUGGAAACCGAUACCAGCGCCGCCGCCGCCACCACCACCACCACCAAACGACAAGGAAAUGGCUGUCGCCGUGUCGCCUGUCCCGAGUGCCGGGCCCAGCGUCUCGUAGCUGCUAGGGGCUACAAGGUUCAGAACAAAUUCGUUUUCAAGAAGAGGGACGGAAAGAAUUGA